UAAGAUAGCUCAAGGAUUGAAAAAAGCUCUGUUGUGAAAUUUUGGAGAUCGAAGGGAAGAUUCACGGUAGAUGAAACUGGAUAUGUUUCGUUAUACGACAAUAGGAAGGUAUGGAAUCAUUAUUUUUAAUGCAUUAAUUUUUAUAAAAGACGAAUAGUAUUGAAAGUAAAAUGAAACAGGUGGAAAGCCCUUCAGCUCAAAACCAAAUUUGUCCUUUUUAUAAUAUGAACAAUUUUUUUUAUCAAAGAUCUUCAGUUAAUUUGCGUGCAUCAUUUGUACAAAAAGGUUGUUUGGACGUGUCUUUUGUUGAUUGCACACUUUUUUUGUUUUUAUAGAAUAGCGUUUUUUAAAAAAAUGAAUGGAUGAUGUCUAAUCUAAUCGUUUUUUUUUAUUGUUCCAGAGAGGUGUUUGAUGAAAAUGGAUUGGCUGAUGAGUGAGAAGCUAGCGAAGAGGUGUUCGACGAAAAUUGAUUGGUUGAUGAGGGAGUUGUUAGCAAAGAGGUGUUCGAUGAAAAUGAAUUUAUUGAUGAGGGAAAUGGGAGCGAAGAGGUGUUCGAUGAAAACGAAUUGGUUAAUGAGGGAGAUGGUAGCGGAGAGGUGCUCGAUGAAAAUAGAUUGGUUGAUGAGGGAAAUGUUAGCAAAGAGGUGUUCGAUGAAAAUGGAUUGGUUCAUGAGGAAGAUGAUUUCGAAAAGGCUCCAAAGAUUUAUUUAAAGAAAAUUAAAUACCACCUUUAAUGACAGCCAAAGCGAAACACUUGAUUGAUGUCAGUGAUAGAAGAUGCAGUGAUACUUCACUUCCAUUAAAACAAAUUCUAUCGAACGACCCCAACCGGCCACAGAAAUGUAAAAUAGGUAGAUUGAUAAGAUUGAAUCAAGCCGCGUUGGCGUUGCAAGCCUUAACGUUUGGAUGGUACGCAAUCUUGCUUAUUAUAUGGUCAAAAGAAAAUUGAUCGAACGUUUUUACUUUUGUAUAUAUUUUGAAAAGAAAAGAAACUUCUGUUUGUUCUUUCAACCAUUUUUUCGGCUAUUAUAUCCUUGACAGCACGUGCGCUACAUUAAUAAAAAAUUCUUGGCAGAUAGUGUGUCAUAUAAAUUCGGCUAGCUAAAACUGCGGGAAACUAAUUAUAGUAUUUUCUAUGUUAUUACGAAUUGGAGCAACUCUAUUAUUAUAAAUUGGGGCAAGGUGUUAUUAAAAAUUUGGGCAGGUAUUACAAAUUGUGCAGGUAUUUCAAAUUGGGGCAGGUCUUACAAAUUGGGGCAGGUGUUAUUACAAUUUUGGGGAGGUAUUACAAUUUUGGGCAGGUAUUAGAAAUUGGGGCAGGUAUUAGAAACUGGGGCAGGUUUUAUUACAAAUUGAGGCAACUAUUACAAACUAAGGCAAACUUUAUUGCAAAUGGGGGCAGGUAUUACAAAUUGGUGCAAGGUUUUAUUACAAAUUGGGGCAGGUGUUAUUACAAUUUUGGGCAGGUAUUACAAAUUGGGGCAGGUAUUACAAAUUAGGGCAAUUAUUACAAUUUGGGGAACAACAUGGCCAUGUGUUUUUCACAAACUUCUAUUUACGUUUGCCGUUUUUUUUUCUGUAGAACAUUUGUCCCAUUUUUGCCUCACGCGGUUACUAAUUAGUCACGCGUCAGUUAUUUCCAUGCUGUUAAAUUUAUUUGGUCUCGUUUUUGGUGAAAACAAAUGAAAAGCAAAAGUAAUAAUUUUGAAUUACAUUCUGUUCUAGAGACUGAAGGUGUCUUUCUUCCCCUUUAAUUUUAUUCCCUGCUAGACAAAUGAAGCAUAAUAUUGUGUUUAACUCCAAUUGAAGCAGUAGUUUAUAAGUUACUUUAAAGUUGAUUGUUGGUAAAAUCGAUCACAGCGCAAUGAUUUCGGAUAAAGUAACCCUUUCAAACGAGGAUUUUAUUAAGAAAAAUAAAAAAAAGAAACAAUAUCACUUUCCUUUUUUCUUUUAAUUUCAACGGUGAUUAGGAAUGACUUAAUAGCUCUACAGACAGUUAACAUAAUUGAUGGAAUUAUACAAGCAAAGCAAAACAGUUUAAAUUACACCGAAGCCACAUUUGUACUUCGUGUAUCUACAUAAUAUAUGUCAUGCAUGAAGUAAACAUGAAGAGUCUUUGUAUUUGUUUAACACUUUUGGUAAAGUUAAAUCCAGUGAUAUGUGGCACAGUUGAAGCUGUUAAAACCAAUUUAGAACUUCCAUUUAAUGAAACUCUUAAUUUGUACUGGAGAAUUGUCCUUGAUGUAGGGGAAGAAAUAUCUACAGCAAAUGUGUAUGUUCUUGGAUCACCCAAUGUUCAAAUAAUUAAAUUUAUAUCAACCAUAACAGCUGCUGGUAACGCAAUGUUUGGUAAUCGACUAUCUGGAAGCUUAUCAAAAGACAUAUAUGCACUAUCUAUUAAGAAUAUCCAGUACAAUGAACAGAAGUCUUUUAACUUAAAAGUUAUAUUUCAAUCACCAGUUUUACAUGCGAAAAAUGCAACAGUGGUUUUAAAGGAGGUUGUGGGUGGACCUGACGUAUGUGGGAUUUCUCUAAAGUCAAGUUACAUUGUCAACGAAGGAAAAAAAUUAUCUUUCUUAAGCGAAGUUUGUGGAAAUCCAAAACCUAUUUUGACAUGGAAAAUGGAGAACGAACUAGAGUAUUCAUAUUCCGCUGACAUUCGAUACAUGGAUAAAUCUACAAUGCGCUAUCAAUAUGUUUAUAAAACUCGCAGCCACAUCACUCGUAAAGAUUGUGGAACAAAGAUUAUUUUCAAUGCUACUGGUGCGAAUAAAAUGAUUACAGGAGAAGCAGUAAUUAGUGUAACAUUUUCGCCUCAAAGAAUCCGAAAGGUGAAGUUUUACAAAGAUAAUAAUUGUAUUAAUGGUACAUGGACCAGUGAGGCAACUGGCAAUUGUGCGCUUAAUUACCAUUUGCAAUUUGCAGAAAGAAGUGAUAUUUUAAAUACAAGCGACACACAUUACGCUGUAUGCAACAUAUUUAAUGUUUCCAGUGUAGUUAUUUGGGCUUCAUAUAAAAACAAUUAUGGCCAGAAAGCAAAAGUGAAUAUCAGUUUAACAACUCCAACACCAUCUACAAAAGUCACCGAUGCUUGCAAACAGCCUACAUCGUUUGAAGUGAAAAUGUUGGGUACGAAGAAGUUAUUGGUAACAAUAAUUAUAACGCUGGUUGUCACCCAAGUAGCAAAUAUAUGUAUUUAUGGAUUUGUGAAGCUUAGAGGCUCUCAGACUAAUUGCAGAAAUAAAGAAAGCGUAAAGAAAGAUGACGAAAAUAAAGAUGCCCAAGAUUAUGAAGUAUUUCCUAACGCGGUAUCUCAUUAUACCGGCCUUCAGUUGGAAGCAAGAGAGGAAACUGUUUAUGCGAAUUUAUCACCAACACCUGUCAAUGAGUAUGCAGAAGUUGGAACAGAGAACAAUUCGAGACAAAAAUAAGCCACUGGAAGAACAUUCCCAUUCUGUUUACCCUGUCCUUAAAUUUUUUUAUUGGUUUUGAUUAAGCAAUUAAAAAAUUUAAAUAAGCAAUUUACUUUAUUAAAAGUAAAAAUAAACCUGAAAGGUUAUAUGGUUAUUAUGUGGUUAUUACAGUCUGAUUAUUUUGAAAUGUAUUGUUGCUGCAUAUUAUGUGGAGUAAACUCCAUUCGAUCUAUUUCAGAUAAUUAGCAAAGUAGUUUUUACGCUAAUUAAUUAUUUUCAGACUUUUUACAAAUACAUGUUUUUGCACUUUUCUUUCGCAUAAUCCUUUUGUUUGGAAUUUGCUCAAAUCCG